AUGUCUGAAAAUCUGCGUAAUGUCAAUGCAAUUAUGUACUGCAAUGGCGUUGUCUCUUAUGCUCUCCAGAAAAAUAAUCUUUGUUUUCAUUCUUUACAAUUUCUCAAUGGCGACAUGGGGGCAGAAAUUUCAGGAAUCACGCUCUAUACGUCCCAAUGGGAAUCACGCCUCCUAUGUCUGGAUCUUGCUUUAUUACUGAUUGAAGUUUGUACUGCACUUCGACAUCAAGUCAAGCAUGAGCGGUUAUCACUCUUUAUGAACAACCGCAAAUGUGUCGAAGCUUGCUUCCUCCUGAAUGGAGUGCGCUAUGCAAUUGCCGUUACGUGUCUGAAACUUUUUUCAAAUUGGUGCCAUGAAAUUGGAUCAUCAAAAGCUGGCGCUAUUGUUUGGGAAGUAAACAAGUAUGACUGCAUUUUGCUUCAGAAUUUCGUUUACGAAGAUGAAUACACUUCAUUACUUCGUACCUAUAGAAAGGACACAACCUCAAAAGCAUUACGAAGAAAAAACAAGAUGUGUAUCCUGGUUUUGGAGGGUGUUCUACAGGAAACAUUUGGUGGAGGAGAUUCUAAUAGCAGCCAGGAAAACGUAAUGGUGAUUGCUGUUGGUAUUUAG